AUGACGAAUCAAACAACUGAUCGAGUAGCGGUGCAGGCAACUGACAGCCAGGAAUGGGGAAAAAUAGGACGUAUCGUCUGCAGGGAAAGGACGGAAUUUUGCGACGCAAAUUCAAAUUUCGAUACAAAAACGCCAGUAGGCUUUUUUGGCUCCAUGCUAUUGGACGAAAAGAAGAAGGAAGCGCUGCUGUUCUGGUUUAACACAUAUGGAACCUCCAUAAAACUCGAUAAUGUGGACUCGCUGCGGGAUUUAUGGCAACAUCAUAUCCCGUCACUCUUAAAUUGUUUGAAGACUGAUCGCAAUAUUCGCGUUACCUCUUCGAGUGCUCUAAACAUUUACCAAGAAGUAAUCUCAUAUCUUUUCGCUUCUACUGGUCAAGAGAAAUUUGUCGAAUCGCUUACAGCUGAAAAAGCCGCCGAAGGCAACGAACUCGAAAUUGGCAAGUUUUUGGCAGUUUUACUCAAUGAAAUUCGGAUAUCCAAGGACAAUGCUAUCACCGAUAGCGUAGCUGUAAUGCAGAAAUACGGUUACGAUUUACCGCUGAGUGACAUCUUGAGUGUUUUCGACGAGGAACGGGAUGAUUGGUGGUCGAUUAUGGUCAGUCAUUCUCAUUCCACGUCGCCUGAUGGCCGUAAUCUGCAGUUUGUAACUCCGCGUCGAUCCACUUAUUCAGUAGAAGAAUUUACGGGAAUGUCAGUUAAUCGCGCGUCGUUCAUAACUCCACGUUGUCCUCCACGUCGUCCAGAUUCUAAUGCGUAUACAGUGGGUCGUUGUGACGGAAGCCCCCUUAUGGAAGCUCUCAACUCACCAAAAGUUCGGGAACUUCGACGUGAGCGAGAAAUUAAGACUCUUCGCAAACAGCUGAAUGACUUUGAAGAUCAACUGAUGGUAGCAGAUAAGAAGAACGCAGAGUUGAACCAACAAAUCGAGUCUCUCGUCAAUGAACUAUGUGAGAAAAAGGCUCGUAUACGCGAACUGGAGUCGGUUAAUAGAAUUUCCCAGCAGACUAGGGAUGACUUAGAAGAGAAAGUUCUCUUUUUGUCGAAGCAACUAGAAGUUUAUCAACGACAAAACGAAAGUCAGAAAGAAAGGCUCGCCUCUUACAAGGAGUCUAACGAAAAAUUGGAAGAUUCUAAGGUUGAGUUGACAGAACAACUAAAGGCAAAAGAAGACACUCUGACAGCUGUGAAAAGAGAACUACGCGAUGUGAAGGAUGAGUUAUAUAAAGAGAUUCAGACAAAAAGAAGUUUGGAAAGCGAGAGAAACAAUAUAGGGAGAGUUUUGGAGGAACUGAAGAGGAAUUCUGAGUUGGAUCGCGAACAGUAUCAUGCUGCAAUCUCGGACUGCAGGAGACGUUACGAGGAAGAGAACUCGAAGAAUAUGGCCUUGUAUUCCGAGGAAAUGGAAAAGAAUGCCGCCCUUCAAAGUGAAAUUCGAGAAAAAUCCGAGCAGAUAGAGGAACUUCAGCGAAAAUUCAACGCUGAGAAGUGUUUGCUCGAGCAAAAUAUCGAAGAUUUGAAGAGGAGCUGCCGACAAAAAUGCGAAAAUGUGACUAAAAGAUUAAACGAAACCCAGACUGAGCUGGAAAUUUCGCAAGAGCGCAACAGAUCCUUGACUAAGGAACAUGAAGAAGCUCUCCAGCAUCUGGAAAGUGUCCAUUCAGCGGAAACAAAUAAGCAAGACGUUCAGCUGAGUGCUGCUCGUGCCCGUAUAAAUGAGCUUGAAGAGGUCGUAACCAAGAAAGAGCGAGCCAUUCUUGAUCACCGGAAGGAGCUCGCAUGUCUGGCGACACAAAAGGAUGCUAUUGAAGUCGACCUUGCGAAGGCACUGGCCGAAAUGAGGAGAAAGGACGAGGAACUGGAUGAAACCAAGCGAACAAUUGAGAAGUCUUUGAUAGAAGUGGAGUCUUUGUCGACGAAGCAUGCAGAGGCCGUUCGCUCACUAGAGUGCUUAAAAACACAAGAAGCGAAACUUCAAACAAAUGUUGAGGAAAAAGAAACAAAAAUCGCCGAGUUGGAAAAAACUGUUGAAGAGUUAGGAAUGUUGAAGGAAGCAUAUGACAAGGCUUCUGAAGACUUGACCCGUAUUCAUCAACUUCACGACAUCGAAAGGAAGCGAUUUGAGAAAAUUGAAAUGGACAUGAGAGAUGCAUUUGAAGAGGAAAAGCUCAAGAAAGAGGAGCUCACCACGCAAGUAUUGGAGCUUAAAGAAGAUUUGGAGAACGAAGAAAGCGCUAAGACGGAGCUGGAAGAAGAGAUAUAUGAAUGUCGUGCUGAAAUCGAAUCAAAAACCAGCAAGAUCAAUGAGCUCUCUGAAAAUUUGGAUAACGCUCAGUCACAGAACCGAGAACAGUUCGAAGCACUAGAAUUUUUAAAAGAGGAAUUGAAGGUCACCUUGGAAGAAGGAACUGCUACCAAAGCGGACUGCGAAAAAUUGCGAGAAAAAGACAGAGUGAGAACUGUGCAGCUUCAUAACCUCAUGGAGAAGUUCCAAUUCGUCGAAGACCAUGUAGUUCUGUCGAACGAAAGGAGCAGUAAGCUGGAAGCAGAAAAUCUCACUCUGAAAGAAAUGAUUGACAUGUACGAGUUAGCUUUCAUGCGAUCUACUCGAGAGCCAAUGAAAGAAUCGUCCACAUCAUCGUUAGAAAGGUCCGAAGCCGCUCUGCUCAAGAACGCUGAAAUUUCGCCGCAAGUAUUACCUUUAUUCACGACCUCCCUGGACGAGCCAUCGGUAAUGGAGACAAGAAGUCUCAUUGGACCUUCAUAUGCUAGAGACUUUUUGAAAACAUUGUUAACAAAAUUCUUCAACAUUUGGAAAAAGAAGAGCUUUGUGCGAGCGGCAACGUUACUAACAAAAAUUGAGGUGCCGGCUCCUUCUCCUUGGGACGACAGGAAUUUCCUUGUGAAGAAAGUUGUUGAAAAAUGCGACGCUGCAACAUCCGUAUCGGAUCUAGCCCUCAUAUCGUCACUUCAAGCUGUUUCACAAUCAAAUCUAACCAAUGCCCUCACUGGUAGCGAUCUCAGCCUAGCUACAACUAGAGCGGCCAGUCAAAGCCGUCAAUCUUUGGCCAGGUCAGACUUUUCGAGGCCAUCCACAUCGGAUUUGUCAAUUGACCUGCGGAAACGAGAUGAUAUUUCGGUGUCUACUGACCGAUCGAGGCUCAGUGAACUUCAAAAAAGAAAUGCCAUGUUGCAUCCAGCAAUGCGAUGCGCAUACGCCACUGAAUUGACCAGCUAUGGAUCACCUUCAGGAAAUGAGAACACUAUUAAGCAUGGAACCACCAGAAAAAAAGGCAAAAAGCUUAUGGAAAGAGCUGCAUCGUACGUGAAGAAGAAGUUGCCCAUGUCCGAAUCGACAAAUUCUAUUCAAUAA